CGCACUGCUAAACCUUGCAACGUUCGGGAACGCAGUUAAGUUCUCCAUCUUCUGGCCUUUUGGAAUCUCUUGGUCUCUUCUUCUUUCAAACCUUCAUCACCGCCGCUUCUCAUCCUCCAGUCUCGUCGCCAUCCGAUACUCCCGCCAACAUGUUCAACUGGGCAAAGCAGCAGCUGGCCAACGUCGCCGGCACCCAAGAGCCCAUCUAUGGCCCAUCUGCCAUCAAGGCCGUUGCCCAAGAGGCAAAGGAGACCAACACGCCGUAUAGCGAGCUGACCAGGGCCGACCACACCUGGCUGGCGCUGGACAAGACAUGCGUCGAAAACCAAGUCUUUUACUUCUUUGCCGAGAAUGGCACCAUUGCCAUGGCCCAGGUCAUUUACAGCAACGUUGCCGGCCUGAAAGUUACCUGCCAGUUCAACGCCAAGAUCUUCUCCCGUGAUCCGGCGAAGCCGCACCUGUGGUGUUCGAACCCGCUAAGCAACGUCGCCUUCAACGAGGACAAGACGUCCUUCUACGCCGAUGACUGCGCUGUCGAGCUCUCCGAGGACGGUAACUCUUACACAAUCAAGAGCAUGAACGAUGAGAGGGCGCUUGUCAACCUCAAGGUGACCAGAGCUGCCCCCGGCUUCCAAGCCGGCAAGACGGGCACUUCGCUGUAUGGCACAGAUCUCAAGAACCCUUGGGGCUCGAUGCGCCAUGCAUUCUGGCCGCGCUGCUCAGCUGAGGGCACCAUCACUACCAAGGAAGGCCCAGUGGACCUCAAGGGCCAGGCCAUUUACAUCUACGCUCUGCAGGGCAUGAAGCCGCAUCACGCGGCCGCAAAAUGGAACUUUGCCAGCUUCCAGGGCCCUAGCCACACGGCCGUCAUGAUGGAGUUCACCACCCCUCCUUCUUAUGGCGACACCGUCGUCAAUGUCGGCGCCCUUGUCAAGGACGGCGAGAUUAUUGCCGUUAGCACCGAGAACAACAAGGCCACGCACAAGGCCUCUAAGAAGGACGCCACCAGCGAUUGGCCCGAGCCCACUCAGGUUGAAUUCUCAUGGUCAGCAUCCACCUCGGACGGCAAGCCUGUCACGGCUGUCAUUGAUGCCGCCCUUGGCGACCGCGUGGACAGGGUUGACGUCAUGGCCGAGGUGCCCGGAUUCGUCAAGACCAUUGUAGCUGCUGCUGCUGGAACCAAGCCUUACAUUUACCAGUUCGCCCCCAAGACCACCUUGAAACUCAAGGUUGGCGAUGAGGAGAUUUCUGAGGAAGGUCAGCUCUUCACAGAGGCCACCUUUAUCUCCGACCUCGCUGCCUCUGGAUAAACAUAAUAAUAUUGCGUUUUUGGAAAGAAAUACAAAUACAGGGCUUUUUGUAAAGAACUGAAUGAUUGAUUGAGACAUGUUUGGAUACAACCUAAUAUGAAACCGGCGUUGGAGAGAGGUUAUAAUACUACUAAUCGCUCGUUUUUUUACAUCUGCUUACGCGUAAUCAACCAGCACAUUAAUUUUGAUAUAUUAGGGGAAACAAAGAACUUACCUUUUAUAUAAUGUGUACUGAAAGCAAUGAGUGUGCCGAGGGU